AGUGAUGACACUCGCCCUGACAAAACGCAAAGUGGAAACCAGAAGCCAUUUCGUGUGCAUGAGGUGCGGCUCGAGCUCCAUCUAACAAGUGUGGGAGAGAAUCUGAUUAAAAAGGAAAGAAAAGAUGUUUGGAAGUGCCGUCCAUUCGAUUGCUUUUGCUCAAGUGGCUGUGUUGUGCGUCUGCAUGGUCACCAGCGCUACAGACUCCUCCACAGUUCAAACAAAAUCUUUUACCAAUGGUCCUGGACUAAACGUUACCGUGCCAGGAGACACAGACACAUUAGAACAGAACAUGAUUACUCCAGAUGCCGUUACUAGUACAGACAAUCAACCUCCUCAAGGUACCUUCAAAACAUCUGAUCAGCAAAAUGUCACACACCAUGAGCACUCAAGCCAAGUGUCAUUCCAUCCCGUCACCACACACAACCUGGGAAAUGCCGCCGAGGAAUCUCCUGAAAAUAAAUCUACCACCACUGAAUCUACCACCGCUAAAGCUACCACCACUAAAGCUACCACCACUAAAACUGCCACCACUGAAGCCACCUCUGGAGGCAAACUAUUCGUUGACGGAAAUGUUGCAGACAACCAACAUAAUUCCAGUAGAGCUGGAGGAAUCUUCUUUCUUUUCUUGAUCAUAGUUAUCAUCUUCAUCCUUGCUGUUGUUUUGUAUGUUCUUUGGAAGAAAGGAAAGAGAUAUUCAUUUGACCUGACCAAUGGCGAACAUGAUACUCCACUCCGGAGCAUGGAGCACACAGGAAUCUUCGAGCCAAGCAAAGGAUCUACUAUGAACCUGGAUUACGUUCAAGAGGAAAAAACGAACAAAACCAGUCCUGUAGCCAACGGAUGUCCUGGAGAGACACCUGAUCAGUCACCCUGCUCUGAGCACCAGAACGAUCCAGAAGAGGACAGCUUUUCUUGUGAUUUGAGUCUGGAUUUGCCGGUGAAGAAGGUGGAGUUUAAUCUGGAUCUGGAGCUGAUAGGUGGAGACCCUGAACCUGCGAAAGAGCCCACACUCGAAACGACGGACAACGACAACGAAAACAACAACAACGACACGAACACGGGGAUCGAUUCUGCGGACUUCUUUACUGAAAUCAACUUGGAUGACGCGCAAUAAAACCUGACACACUUUGCAGACCACAAGAGGGCGCACUGCCAAAGCUUGUCCAUCAUUUAAAAAAAAAGAUAGUGUUUCAAUGUUGUAAAUUCUUAUAAAUAGCAAAGAUAAUAAUAAAGAAAUCGAUUUUUUCAUACCCCGUUACAGGAAUGAUAAAUGUUUAUCAAUGGUGCCCCCUUGUGGACCCAGAGCCUAAGUGACUGCUCAAGCAGCGCUCACACUAGCAGGUGACAAGUCGCUCACGGCGCUUGUGGAUGUGGCCAGAGCGAUAGACCUGUGACUUGUAAUGUUUAUCAUCAAUGACCAAAACUGAGUAACCGACGGUGCACAUUUUACUACGCUGGAAUGCAUUUUAGAUCUAUUUGUAAUAUUUCAAGAGUAAUAGGCUUUCAAGAUUCAAGAUUUAAAGAACUUUAUUAAUCCCAGAGGAAAACUGUUUGUAGUAGCUCUUAGCUAAUGAACAGUGCCAAGACAAUCCCCUUUUAAAAUACAAUUCAACGUGAAACAAACAUACAAAAGGCACCUGUUGGUUAUUUCACAUCUGCUGUCCGACUAUGCAAACUCACUUUUGUGUUUUUUUAUGAACUUGAUAGUUAUAGUGUAUGUGUUAAAAAACUAAAAAUCCUAAAAAAAAUAAAAAAAACCUAAAAAAAUUAAAAAGAUCUUUGUAAUUAAUGACUCUGUACAUGUAAAGGGUUAACUACAUAUGGAUGAAUAUUUCUUUGGGAGUGACAAACUUUACCUAAAACGAAUAAAGCCUUAUUUUUAUAUCAGAAUGCUUGAUUCUUUUAA